AUGGGUGAGAAUGAUAAAUAUCAAAUUAGGAAGAUAGAGAUCGUGGAUGCGGUUGCAUUUCCCCUCCGCUACCAACGUUUCGGCGCUCAAAACCCCUCGCUCAUUCACCACCACUGUCUCACUCCCACCUCAUUAAAUACGCCCGCUGCCCGCACGAACUCCACAAAGCUGCGCGCCAACACGCGCAGGGCGCAACACUCCCAGCCUCUGUUCACUCACUGCCUUGUCCGUCUGAGUACGCGAGAGCAGGCUAGCAGCCAAGAGGCCAAGAAACAAGCAAUGGCGACGGCGCUGGCGACCGUCGUGGUCGCGCUGUUCCUAGCACAGAUCGCGUCGGCAGCGACGCUGGCGCUGUACAACCGGUGCGGCGAGACGGUGUGGCCUGGCAUCCAGCCGAGCGCCGGGAAGGAGCUCCUGGCGCGCGGAGGCCUGCAGCUGGCGCCCAACCGCGCGACCUCCAUCCGCCUGCCCCCCGGCUGGUCCGGCCGCGUCUGGGGCCGGCAGGGCUGCAAGUUCGACGCCGCCGGGCGCGGGCGCUGCGCCACGGGCGACUGCGGCGGGACGCUCUACUGCAACGGCGCCGGCGGCGCGCCCCCCGCCACGCUGGCCGAGAUCACCCUGGCCUCCGUCCCCACCGCGCAGGACUUCUACGACGUGAGCCUGGUGGACGGCUACAACAUCCCCAUCGUCAUGACUCCGGUCCACGGGUCCGGGGCCCACUGCGUCCCCGCGGGCUGCGUCAGCGACCUCAACAGCUUCUGCCCCGCGGGCCUCGCCGUCCGCGGCGGCGAAGGGAACCGCGUCGUCGGGUGCCGCAGCGCGUGCGCCGCCUACGGCGCGCCGCAGUACUGCUGCACGGGGCGGUUCGGGAGCCCGCAGCAGUGCAAGCCCACGACGUACUCGCGGCUGUUCAAGUCGGCGUGCCCCAAGGCCUACUCCUACGCCUACGACGACCCGACCUCCAUCCUCACCUGCUCCGCCGGUGCGUCCUACGUCGUCACCUUCUGCCCCCGCCACCGCUGAACAGCCAACCAAGCAUGCAAGCUUCCAUCCACAGAAAUCAUCAAUGGCGUUUACGAGGCUAAGGACACCACCUUGAUUUAGCUAGUUACCCAGCUGCUUGCUGUUCUUGGUUCUUUCUACUAUCGUAAUGUGAUUGAUGCAUUUGGUGGUCUACCACUGGUAUGCCCACCGGGAAGAAGGGGUAUAUGAGUAUAUGCUACUGCCACUACUAAUCUAGUAUAUCUUCACUUUGAUCUUGUUACCAGUAUUAGAUUCAGUG